AUGAAGACGGUGGUUAUGCAUCAACCGCCACCCGACGCCGCUCAUGUCGAACCCCAAAUCAACGUGAACGGCGCCCGACUGCAUGUCGUGGGCAACUUCACCAACCUGGGCAGCACCCUCUCCCACAACACCAAGAUCGACGAUGAAGUGGCCUGCCGGAUUUACAAAGCCAGCCAAGCCUACGGCCGUCCACAAAACACUGUCUGGUGGCGUCACGGUCUCCAUCUCUACACCAAGCUGAAAAUGUACAGGGUAGUCAUCCUGCCGGCUCUGCUCUAUGGAGCAGAAACCUGGACGAUGUACAAGAAAUAG